AUGAUCAUCUUUCUUUGUCUCAUCUUAACACCAACCCCUCUGACGUACCGUGUGGGAGGUUUUGGAAUCUUCCAUAUAAAGAUGGUCUUUGCCCUUGUGGCCAGGGCUGGUGGGAGCAACAAAGAAAACCACAAGGACGAUCCCAUGGCCCAUUCAAAGAGCGAGGCGGAAGGUGCGAAGAAGCUUGCUGAUAUCUUUCGAAUGUCCAAACUGAAGGUAUUUCUGCUGGCACUUACUUUUGCCUAUCUGGCCAAGACCAUGUCUGGAGCUUACAUUAACAGCCUGCUCACACAGCUUGAACGGCGGUUCAAUAUCCCUGCCUCACUAGUUGGAGUUAUCAAUGGAAGCUUUGAAAUGGGUAACUUGCUGGUGAUUGCCUUUGUGAGCUAUCUCGGAGCAAAAUGUCACAGACCACGCCUAAUUGCUGUGGGUUGCACAGUCAUGGGCUUGGGGUGUUUCCUGAUAGGACUGCCUCAUUUUCUGAUGGGAAGGUACCAGUAUGAAAAAAGUGUUUCUUUAUCAGAAAAUUCUUCUUCAUUCAUGGCUGUUUGCCUUGCCAAUCAUACCAUGCCUACUGAAGAAACCUCAGAAGAAUGUAAAAAGCAGGCUGGAUCGCUGAUGUGGGUGUUUCUGUUGGUGGGAAACAUCAUCCGAGGUGUUGGCGAAACACCCAUCAUCCCUUUAGGCAUUUCGUAUGUGGAAGAUUUUGCAAAAUCCGAAAAUUCUCCUUUCUACAUUGGUUGCCUACAGAUAGCGACUGUCCUGGGCCCAUUUUUUGGCUUAAUGUUGGCUUCAUAUUGUGCACAGCUGUAUGUGGAUGUUGGAUUCGUAGACCUAGCGGAUUUGACAUUGAACCUCCUCGAUGCUCGCUGGGUUGGGGCCUGGUGGCUGGGAGUCAUGCUAUGUGCUGGGGUGAACUUCUUGGUCGCCAUCCCCUUCUUCCUCUUGCCCCGGACCCUUCCAAGAGAAGGAGAAGAAAUGGAUGUCAAUUUAGGAACCAAGGGAAACAGAACACUGCUGCAAAGGGAAAGCGUGAGUCAGGCCAACCAGAAAAUAAGUGAAAUUGCUAAAGAUUUCAUCCCAUACCUGAAAAGUCUUUUCCACAACCCAAUUUACAUGCUUUUUAUAUUGAUCACUGUGCUGCAGUUUAGUGCUUUCAUCGGAAUGCUUACUUUUUUGCCAAAAUAUCUGGAGCAACAAUAUGGAAAAUCUGCAUCAGAUGCCAUCUUUUUAAUGGCCAUUUACAAUCUACCAGUUAUAUGCACUGGCUAUCUUUUGGGAGGCCUUUUGAUGAAGAAAUUCAAGAUAAGCACCUACAAAGCUGCCCACAUCGCCUUUUGGAGUUCCGUGAUUGUGUAUUUCAUCGACUUCUCUGCAUAUUUCAUGACCUGCAAAAAUUCGUCUGUGGCUGGUUUAACUAUUUCCUAUGAAGGCAUCGAACGUAUCUCCUACUCGGAAACAAGCUUAUUUGCAGAAUGCAACAGUCACUGCGGGUGCUCGACCAAAGUGUGGGAUCCGGUUUGUGGAGAAAAUGGAAUUGCAUACGUUUCGGCAUGCCUGGCUGGAUGUGACGUGGUGAACGGAACUGGGAGAAGUACAGUAUUUGAAAACUGCACCUGCAUUCCAGCUUCGGGUUUUCCGUUGGCAAACAGCUCAGCAGUGUUGGGCCAGUGCAGCCGAGAAGAGGCGUGUGACACCAUGUUGCACUACUAUUUGAUUAUGACUUUGGUUACCUGUAUAAUUUAUUCCACUGGAGCCAUGCCGGGUUACAUGGUCCUAAUAAGGUCUCUAAAGCCAGAGGAGAAAUCAUUUGGGGUAGGACUCCAUGCCCUGGCAGAAAGAGUGUUUGCUGGAAUUCCAUCACCCAUUUAUUUUGGAGCUAUGAUCGAUACCACUUGCUUGAAAUGGGGGACAAAGAGCUGUGGGGGAGAAGGAGCAUGCCGAAUGUACAAUUCUGACACAUACAGACUGCUGUACCUGACUGUGCCUGCUAUUCUCCGUGGGGUAUCCUACAUCCCUUGCGUGUGCAUACUCUUGAUUUUAAGGAGACAGCCUAAGAGCAGGACAACUGGAAACCUAGAGAUUGAAGCCAAAGAAGAGGAAAAUUGAUCUUCCCAGAAUGCCUAUGGCAAGUAG